CUCAUCGAAUACUCAAUUCUAUUGACGUUCUGCUUCAGCCUUCUAUUCGCUAGCGUUGAAAGGAGAGGAAACAACAAUUCUAUCCUUUUAUUCUUGGACAAUUUGUUUAUAAACAGUUUGCUAUUUAGUAAUUAUUUUAGAUGUAAUGGCCCAAGAGGAGGAGGUGGUAAAUAGUUGUCGGGUUUGCCGCAGUCCUAAUCAAGACGGUGACUAUGAGUGUUUGUACGCAAUACAAGUGGUAGAAGAAGGUGAUCUUAUGCAGUCGAACACAUGGCAAUUGACGGACACGGGGAAGUUGUAUGAAGACAUGCUCGGCAUUCAGAUUGAUUCAUCAACACUAGAGGUGUACCCACAGUACCUCUGCAAUAGUUGUGAUUUACAAAUGCGCCUAUUUCGAAAAUUGACGAUGAAGGCACGCAGAACUCUAGAAGAAUUGGCAAAUAUAUACAAACCUAUAAAAAAGGAUACCUCCUUUCAGCAGAAGUGUGAUACAGUGCCACAAGAGGCAUUGCAUACCACUAGUCCAAUUAUACUUGGUGAAGAAUUUCUCGAAAAUGGCAUUUCAGCAAUGGACAAUGAGGAAAACUGUGUCACAGAGUCCGUACUUUCGGAAACCAUUCCAACAGAACAAACCCAAAAUGAUUUUGAUUGCGACAAACGGCAAUCAUUCACGCCGAUUACCAGAGACGCUGAGACAUACCUACAAGAAGUAUCGUGCGCUGAGAUAACGCCAGCGGCAGAGGAAUCAAAUGACGUUCUAAAUGAAUUACAAGUAGUGGCCUUAAGAGGGAGUGAAAAGCCAUAUUACGUAGCUGAUACUGACAUCGAACCAUCGAAUGAUACAAAAGAGAUAGAAUUCGUAUCGUUAUUUGAUGAAAAUUCUAUAGAAGAUGCACAUGAUUUGAAACAGGAGUCAGUCGAGUUCUUCGACGUGCAUUAUUUGGAAGACACGAAUAGUAGUCUACCGAUAAAUGCACUAGAGAGACCAAAGGUUGAAGGCGCCUGCAAUAGUGGUGGUACAAGGCGCGCAUAUGAAUGUCAGGCCUGCGGAUUGGAAUUUUUGCGUCGCACAGAUUUUCUGCAACAUCGCAAAACUGUGCAUUCCAAUAAAUUUCCGUGCCCCUACUGCUCAAAGUUGUUGCACACCAACGAUGCGUUACGCGUACACUUGCGUCUGCAUGGUGGUCAGCCGGCCCACAAAUGUGAUAUAUGUCAGCGUACUUUCAAUCAAAAAGUACACUACCGUUAUCACAUGGAUCGGCAUAAUAAUGUGCGGAAUUUCAAGUGCACGAAAUGUGGAAAGGCAUUCCUGGCCAAGCACGAUUUGACGGUACAUAUGCGUUCGCAUACCGGCGAACGGCCGUACGAAUGUGAGAUUUGCGGUAAAGACUUCCUCAUAAUGCAACAUCUAAAAAUGCACCGCUAUUCACAUAGUAGUAAAUCAUUUGAGUGCCAUGAGUGCAAUCAGAAAUUUAUUUCGCCUUCAACGCUACGCAUUCACCAGGACACUAUACACACUAGUGAACGACGCUUCCAGUGUGAAUUUUGCGUAAAACGCUUUCGCCGAAAACAUCACUUAAUUGCGCAUUAUAAAGUGCAUCAAAAACCCGAACGUACAACAAAUGGUUUCGAUGAUUUGGUUGAGAAGGGUGAAGAUAACGAAACAGAUGGCUUCCAAAUAGUGUCAGAUAUGCAUGAUCAACAGCUGGCGAUGGAGGAAGACGUAGGUGGCUUUUUGGAAAUCAACGAAGAUGAGCACAUCGAUAGUAUAUUAGUUGUGGAUGACGGGGAUGAUGACGCACAAGCCAUCUAUGGUACCGAUUAUGUGAUAGAUCUGACAGAAGAAAGUGGUGGCAUUGCGUUUCAACGUGGAAUGAUGUGAAAAUAAAUGAGUAUUAUUUUAAGAAAGAAAAAUC